AUCAUUCUCCAUCUCACAUUCACUCGUACACAUCUUCCACUCGCAGUCGCUCUGUGCGAAAUGCUGAGAUUUGAUUCCAUUUUGAGCUCCAGAUAGACAGCCUGUUUUGGAAGCUGUCGGCGGACAGAAAUGGAGCACAAGCAGCCAUGGAUUUGGAAGAAGAAAUCUGCAGAGAGUGGAAGGCGUUCUUCUUUCAGCAGAAAUGAAGAGGAUGUNCCCCCCAAAAAAAAAAACAUAAUGCAUCCUCUUCACCUACAUGUGCUUUUAAAGGGUAAAGCAGAACUGGAAAGAGAUAUACAGAAGUUGAAUGAUAGGCUUUCUUCUGCUCUCUUAGAGUGCAAUGCAAAAGAUGAUUUUUCACAGAGACAGGCAAAGAUUGCACGUGAAGCAAUUGCGGGUUGGGAGAAAGCCGAGACAGAAGCAAUAUUUCUGAAGCAAGAGCUAGAAAAAGCUUUAUAUCAAAUAGCAGCAAGCGAUGAACGAUUAGUUAGUUUGGAUUCAGCACUGAAUGAAUGUAUGCAUCAGUUGCGUUCUGUCCGAGGAGAGCAAGAGAAAACAAGGGUUGUGUUUGAGGAGAAACUAGCAAAGUUAGUGGCUGAAAACACUCAGCUCAAUAAGGCUCUCAUGGGAAAGGAAAAAGUUAUUGUGAAUUUAAGUGCUCAAAGGGCUAUGUCAGAAAGAGAAUUAAAUACCCUUAUGACUAGACUUGAUUCUUUAGAGACUGAACUUGGGAAGAAUGAAAAGCAGUCAAGGACUCCAUUUUCUAAAAAAAUAGGAGCUUCUGACAUGAAUCUUAUGGAUGACUUUGUACAGAUGGAAAAGUUAGCUGUUGAAAGAGCAGUUAAAGGCUGUAUAUUAGAGCGUUCUGCUUCUACACAGGAAAUUAAGUCACAUACAUGUCCAUCUGUAACUAAAAUAAUUGAAAUUAUAGAAGGGAUUUUACCAUAUCGCAUCUCAGAAACACAAGCAGGCUUCACAGUUCGUCAUUUCCAGUGGAAAACUUCUGAACUUUCUCUGAUUCUUCAAGAAUUUGUCCAAACUUGCCAUAACCUUUUGUAUGGAAAUGCUGACUUUGAAAAGUUUGCCGAACAAUUAGCUUGUACCUUGGAAUGGACCGUCAACCAUUGUUUUUCCCUUCAAGAUGUUUCAAGCAUGGAAGAUGCAAUAAAAAACCAUUUCGAAUGGGAUGACGAGUCGCGAAGCGAGUGUGAGGUAGGACCACCCCCUCAAUUCAUAGUUGUAAAUGAUGGAGGCAAAAUAUAUAAGGGUGAAUAUGCAAAUGCAAUUGCUGAGAAGAUGAAAGAGGAAGAUUUGGGAAAGGAGCUCCAAACAAAGAAUGGUGAGGCUGAACCAUUGACGGUGGAGAUCCAAGAAUCGGAAACAAUCAAUAGCCUGAAAAUGGAAGUGGAAAAUCUUAGAGGUUUAAAGUCGAUGAUAAUUGAGGAUCAAGAUGAAAGACACAAGAUUAUUAAAGAAGGCCUUGAGAUGCAGAUUGAAGCAACCAAACUUAAGUUAAAUGAAGCUUGCCAGAAGUAUUCUCUUCUAGAAAAAGAAACAGAUAGAACAUAUACAGAGUCUGUGCCUGCCGCACAUGAUAAACUUCAGUUAUGUGAAAGCAUUUCAAAUAAAGAAUUUCCUCAGGAUGAUGUGGACAAUGAAGAAAGGCUAAUACAAAAUGACUGGGAAAUCACAGCAGCUUCAGAAAAGUUGGCCGAAUGUCAGGAAACUAUAUUAAACCUGGGAAAGCAGUUGAAGGCAUUGGCUUCGCCAAAGGAUGCAGCCAUUUUUGAUAAUUCCAUAUCUACCCCUAAGAAGAACCUUGGGCGUCGCUCAUCUCUGCUUGACAGAAUGCUAGAUGAGGACAAUGACGGUCAAUGUUGCAAGUCUCCUAAAACCAAGGAACUCAUUCUGAAUGGAAAUAGCCAUUCUGCUUUGGGUGCCCAUAACGAGGCAGUAGAACCGCGUCCAGAAGAUGUUAGAUCUCAAAAUGGGAACAGAAACACAGUUGAAGACAAAGAUCAUGGCAACACAAUUGAAGAAAAAGACAGUGUCGAUUCCUUAGCUAUUGUUCGUGGUAAGAAAAAGAAUGGAGGAUUGUUGAAAAAGCUGUUAAGCUGCAAAAAGACCAUCUCAUCAUGAUGAAUCUUUGGAGAGCAUUUUGUUUCCACUUCACUCCUAUCUCUCUUGUAGUGGGUAAAUUUUGUGUUCCCUUUUUAUGUUCUUUCUCAUAUAAUAUUUUGUAAAGUAUCUUUAUUGCUUGUUAAUAAAUGAGAAGGCGAUGA